ACAUCCACCACGAACGCCCAUUGCCAUCAACACACCAUCACCACCACCACCAGCAGCAGAGGCAUUCCGAAAGCACAUCACAUUAGCUAGGCGUUCCAGGUUGCAGGACACGCGAGGAAACCGCAGCCAUGGCCAACAACCGCACCUACGAGGAGUACGAGCCCGCCGUCGAGUGGAGCCGCAACCCCGAGGCCGACGCCGUCAAGAUCUCGCUCCCAGGGUUCAAGAGAGAGGACAUCCGCGUGCUGGUGGACAACCACGGCCACCUGCGGACGCGCGGCGAGCGGCCCAUCGCCGGCAACAGGUGGAUCCGCUUCCAGAAGGACUUCGAGCUCCCCGCCAACUGCAACGCCGACGGCAUCCGCGCCAAGUUCGAGAACGAGAGGCUCACCAUCACGCUCCCCAAGAACACCCCCUUGCCGCCCAUGCCGGCGCCGCCAAAGAGGCCGCCCCAUAUGGCGGCGGCGGUUCCUGAGCCACCGGUGAGGCCUACCGUGCCGCUGCCCACGGUGCCCGCGGCGCCGCUGGCUCCUGCUCCUCCCGCCGUGAAGCCGCCCGUCGAGCCCAGGCCGUCGAUGUCGAGGAAGACGUACGCUCCCGUGCCGGCACCGGCGCCGGAAGUGGAACCACCUGCGAUCACCAAGCCCCAGUCGUCGCUGGGGGCUGUCCAGAGGCAGAAGGAGGAGGAAGAGAAGCAGAGGGUCAGGGAAGCAGAGGGGAAGAUGGCUGAGGACAGGAAAAAGGAGAUGGCGCAGGAGAAGGCCACGGAGCAGCAGCAGGAGGAGGAGGCAAUGCCACGAGCAGACAGCAUGGGGAUGGCGGCUCUGCAGCGCAGGCCGGCCUCCGGGAGCCGCGGCCUGCUGGUGAAUGUGGCGGUCGCCGUGGCGGUGCUCCUCGGGAUCACCGUCUACGUGUGGCACAGCCUGAAGAACGCGACGGGAGGCGCCGGCGAGCACGGCCACGGGCACCUGGGGGCCGGCAGCUACCGCGACGAGAUGUGAACAAAGCUGACUCGAGGUGUGGCGUGAGUAUACACGAUAUGCACGUACACAGUGCAGUAAACUCAAAGGGAGGAACCAAAUGCAAGUAUAUACAUACACACAUUUACGUACAUGUACAUGGGAGGCGCGGUACGGUACUGCGCUACAUAUACUCCUAUAAUAUGCCUGUUGUUCGUUUAUUAUCUGGUGUGACGGCUUAAUGAGAUUUAACAAAAAUGGUUUAUUUGAUUGGUCAA